AUGUCCCUCUUACCCUUUUCCCUCUUUCACGAUCACACGGAAAGCAUUGAUUAUUUUCACCAGCCAUUCUUUACAGAUGUUCCAAAACACUUGGUCCAUAAAUUUGGAAAAAUCAAAUUUAUUCUCUGUAGAGAAUCGAGCUGCUAUGUAGUAUCGGAACAUGAUGAAUUAUUUGUUCGUUCAUCAGCUCAUCAUCUUUGGGAGAGACAUGUGUUGGAUUUUAAAUGGCCUAACGAAAGAAUUGUUAAAAUCAGUGCAAGUUAUCAUGCCUGUGUAUUAUUGUUACAAUCUGGAAAUAGAAAUGUGAGAGUAUUUGCAUGUCAAACAAAUGAUUAUGGAAGUGAUUAUGUAUUUGGAGAACAGAGAGGAAAUGUUACUGUAAAUGUAGAGCUAGUAAAUGAUGAAUCUAGUUGGAAUACUAAAGUUUGGUAUAGAGUUGAAGAUUUCGAUUCAUUAUUGAAGGAUGGAGAAUAUAUUACCAAUAUAUCAUGUGCUGCUUUCACAUGUUGUUUCAUAACUUCUCAUGGAAGAUUAUUGGCGUGUGGAUGUAAUCAAUUUGCUGAAAUAGCUCAACCAAAACAAAAUACUUCUAAUUAUAAUAUUGCUAAAAUUCAAGAAUGUUGCUUUGAUCCUAAUAAUGAGUGCAAAAAACCAUUCUUUGUUAAAACAGUGAACGGAGAUCACAAUAUCAUUGCCCUGACAAAGGAUCACGAUAUAUUCUAUUGUGGAUAUACUAUGGAUUACAAUGGUCAAGAUUUACCAGUUAUGAGACAAUUGGGUAGAAUUCCUCAAAUGGAAGAUAAUGAACACUUUAUUGAUAUAUCUGCAACAUAUUAUGAAAAGUUAUAUUUAACAAGUAGGUUUUUAUUGAUCUAUUUCAAUCUAAUGUAUUGCAAUAAUUGUAAUUGA